GCCAUCCCAAGUGAGGGCAGAGAGUGAGGCGGGCGGCGGCUUCAGUAAGUGUCACUGAGCAUGCUCAGUUUGCACUGGCGCGCUCCGUAGCAGCGAAGCCGAGAAUUGCGGCGUCUCCCUUUUACUCUCCCGGAGGCGGCCGGGCGGCUGUGGUUCCGGGGCGCGGCGGCCAUGGCCGUGCUGCUGGAGACCACGGUGGGCGACCUGGUGAUCGACCUGUACACGGAGGAGAGGCCCAGAGCUUGUCAGAAUUUUCUGAAGCUUUGCAAAAUCAAGUACUACAACUACUGCCUCAUUCACAAUGUACAGAGGGAUUUUAUUAUACAAACUGGUGACCCCUUGGGGACUGGCCGUGGAGGGGAAUCUAUCUUUUGUAAACUCUAUGGUGAUCAAGCUAGAUUUUUUGAGGCAGAAAAAGUGCCGAGAAUUAAGCACAAGAAAAAGGGAACCGUGUCAAUGGUGAACAAUGGCAAUGAUCAACAUGGAUCUCAGUUUCUUAUUACUACAGGGGAAAACCUAGAUUACCUUGAUGGUGUGCACACAGUGUUUGGAGAAGUAACAGAAGGCAUGGAUGUAUUAAAGAAAAUUAACGAGACCUUCGUUGACAAGGAAUUUGUUCCUUAUCAAGACAUCAGAAUAAAUCAUACAGUGAUAUUAGAUGAUCCAUUUGAUGACCCUUCUGGUUUGAUAAUACCCGACGGCUCCCCAGAGCCCACCAAGGAACAACUAGAUAGUGGUAGAAUAAGAGCAGAUGAAGAAAUUGAUGACUUCAAAGGAAAGUCUGUUGAUGAAGUGGAAGAAAUUCACGCAGAGAAAGAAGCAAAAACUCAGGCCAUUCUUUUGGAAAUGGUGGGAGAUUUACCAGAUGCAGAUAUCAAACCACCAGAAAAUGUGCUGUUUGUUUGUAAACUGAAUCCUGUGACCACAGAUGAAGACCUGGAGAUAAUAUUUUCACGAUUUGGGCCCAUUAAAAGCUGUGAAGUAAUUCGAGACUGGAAGACAGGUGAAUCUCUUUGUUAUGCAUUCAUUGAAUUUGAAAAGGAGGAAGAUUGUGAGAGAGCCUACUUCAAAAUGGAUAAUGUGCUGAUAGAUGACCGGAGAAUACAUGUGGAUUUUAGCCAGUCUGUUGCAAAGAUUAAAUGGAGAGGAAAAGGUGGGAAGUAUACCAAGGAUGACUUCAAAGAGUAUGAAAAGGAACAUGAUAAACGUUCCAAAUUAACUUUGAAGGAGAAAGUAAAGCCAAAUCAAGACACAAAGUAUGACCUUGUGCUGAAUGAGGAGAUAGAGGAGGCUAGAGCAAGUCACCUACACUCGGGUAAAAAACACAAGAAGAAAAAGCACCGCCACUCUGACGAUGAAGAGGAUGACAAGACGACCAAAAAAUCCAAGGACUCUGACCGGCGAUAUGAAGAAGAAUGCUGUAGAGAGAAAAGAAAGAGUGAAAAGAGAGACAGACAUCAAAGUCGCAGUCGCAGCCAGUCUCGGGACAGAGACAGCCACUACAGUUCCAGCAAAUCUAAAGAGAAAUACAGAGGAGAGCUUUGGGAAAGAGAGCGUGAUAAAAAGAGGGAGAGAAGCAGAAGUCCUAAGAAAUCCAAAGAUAAGGAGCGGUCCAGAUACAGAUGAUGGAAAUACCCUUCUCUUUCUAUAUUUAUAUAAUGCAUUGGAAACAACUAUGCAGGUACCAGAGCAAAGCUGUGUUUGCCAAUGCUUCUUGGUCUUUCAGUCCCAGGAAUGCCCAGUGUACAUGUGUAACCUUUGAUAGCGUAGAAUACUGCUUGAUUCUGGGUGACUGUCUCAAUAAAGGAUUUUGUAUUUUA